AUGUCUGUAUCGUCCUUUGGCUUUUGGGUGCUCGGGAGCCUGCUACAGACCUACAACACGAUUCGCUACGGCAGCGACAGUAUGGAAGCCCGUCUGGGUCAGGCCUUGAAGGACAGCGCGGCGUUGCGGAAAACGUCACCGCCGUGGAAGAACGACGAGCCUCACCCGCAGUCCUACUACAUAUUCGACCCGGCGACUUCGUCCUGGGCUGCAAAGAAUCCCUCGGACGAUGUAUCUCAAGCCGCAGAUGGCAGCGGCCUCAGCGGCAUCGCCCUUUACAGCUGGAACAUCGACUUCAUGCUCCCCUUCGCGGAAGCGCGCAUGAAGCCAGCGCUCGCCCACCUCGACAGCCAGCUGCCCUCCAGCUCGUCCACCCUGGCCCCCGUCAUCUUCAUCCAGGAGUGCACGCCCGAGGACCUAGCCACCAUCGGUGCCACGCCGUGGGUGCGGGAGCGAUUCCACCUUACGGACCUGGACCCGACCAACUGGGCGACGGGCCACUACGGCACCGUGACGCUCAUCGACUCCCGCCUGCCCAUCACCGCGGCUUUCCGCGUCCACUACUCCCAGACGCGCAUGGACCGCGACGCCUUCUUCGUCGACGUCUCUGUUCGGGGCAAGACCGUCCGGCUCUGCAACACGCACCUCGAGUCGCUGGCCCUCAACCCGCCGUUCCGCCCGCCCCAGAUGCAGCUCGUGGCCCGGUUCCUGCGCGAGGACAAGGUCCACGCCGGGCUGGCCGCGGGAGACUUCAACGCCAUCCAGCCGUUCGACCGGACGCUGCACUCGGACAACGGGCUCCGGGACGCGUUCCUGGAGCUGGGCGGGGAGGAGGACACGGAGGAGGGCUACACGUGGGGCCAGCAGGCGAGCACGAAGCUGCGGGAGACGUUUGGCUGCUCCAGGAUGGACAAGGUGUACUUCUGCGGAGGCGCCGAGGUGGACAGGUUCGAGAGGAUCGGGGCGGAUGUGCUGGCGGAUGGGGAGGAGGAGCGGAGUGAGAUCAUUGCGCUUGGUUUUGAGAAGGCGUGGGUGACGGAUCAUCUCGGCAUCAAGGCGGAGGUGAGGAUUGCCGACGAGAAGAUUGCGACUCGGCUGUAG